AUGCCCGUUGCACCCGAGGAGUGGAAGGGGCUGGAGAGCGGCAGCAAGACCGGCUGGUUGUUCAACUACCACCCAACGACGGUGCUGGCAGCGGACGAGUCGUCAGUGGAGCGCCAGGGUGGUUCAGCUGGGCGGGCCGCCCUCCACCUUCUUUUUCAGGAUCACGACCGUGAGCCUUUUUCGGUUAAUCUGUUCUAUGACCCAUACAUUUUUGUCGCCGCGGUGGAGGGGCAUGAGCACGAGGUGGAGCUUGGUCUCAUGUCUCUUUUUGGACCCCAGCUGAUUCACCACAUUGAAACGCUGGAGAAGGAGGAUUUAGACCUCGUCAACCACUUAAGCGGCCGCAGACGGCUCUAUCUUAAGGUCAGUUUUUGCAACGUGCAAGACCUAACGGUGGUGCGUGGUCGACUUGAAAAGAUUGUGAAGCGCAAUGCCUCCAUGGGUGCCGCGAGCUCGCUACUAAACCCGUUUGACGGCUCACUACGUGAGGUGAUGGCCAAAUCCUUUGAGGAUGACCCAUUAAAUACAAACGUGUCGACUGAGCGAUGGUUUGACUGGGUGCACGAGGUGAGGGAGUACGACGUGAAGUAUCACAUGCGGGUGGCCAUUGAUUUGGGCGUAUUUGUUGGCCUUUGGUACGAUGUCACGGUGCAUGAGGGGGAGGCGAAAGUGGCACGCUGCGAUGAUAGUGCUUAUGCCCCGCCAAUGCCGCGGGUUUGCGCUUUUGACAUUGAAACUACAAAGGCCCCACUGAAGUUUCCACAACCGGAGGUGGAUCAAAUUUACAUGAUCUCCUACAUGUUGGACGGACGUGGAUACUUAAUCAUCAAUCGCGAGAUUGUGUCCAUGGACAUUUAUCCGUUUGAGUACACCCCCAAACCGGAGUACGAAGGAAUAUUCGAUACAUUUAACGAGCCAAACGAAAAGGCGCUGCUGCGUCGCUUUUAUGAUGAGAUGCGAAAAUACAAGCCAAACGUGUACGUGACGUACAAUGGGGAUUACUUUGAUUUUCCUUUUAUUCAUGCGCGCUCCGUCUUUCAUCAGCUAAACAUGCGGGAGGAGAUUGGCUUCACGCAAGGAGCGGAGGGUGCCUUUCUCAACCAGAAGAUUCCCCACCUUGACUGCUUCUAUUGGGUGAAACGUGACAGUUACCUUCCACAGGGGAGCCAGGGGCUGAAGGCGGUGACAAAGUACAAGCUGGGCUACGACCCUAUCGAAGUGGAUCCAGAGGAAAUGUUGCCGUUGGCACAAACAAACCCGCAACAGAUGGCGUCGUACUCCGUCUCUGACGCGGUGUCCACGUGGUACCUUUAUUUGAAGUAUGUCCACCCCUUUAUUUACUCUCUCUCUACUAUCAUUCCCAUGUCACCAGAUGAUGUGCUACGCAAGGGAUCGGGUGGUCUUUGUGAGUCACUGCUAAUGGUGCAGGCCUACGCAAACAAUGUCAUAUUUCCUAAUAAAAAAGAACAACAGUUGGAAAAGUUUUUUAAUGGACAUCUCAUUGAUAGUGAAACAUACAUUGGUGGACGCGUGGAGGCUCUCCGGAGUGGUGUCUUUCGUAGUGAUAUCCCGUUAAGUUUCAGCAUGAGCCCCGACAUGUACCAGAAGCUCAUUGACGAUCUCGACAAUGCGCUGCAGUUUGCGCUGGAGGUGGAGAACGGUGUCCAGGUAGAGGAAGUGACCAACUACGCGGAGGUGCGGACGACCAUAAGAACCAAGUUGGAGUCCUUGCGAGAUAACCCACGACAGCGCACCGAACCGAUUAUUUACCACCUUGACGUGGGCGCCAUGUAUCCCAACAUUAUCCUUACAAAUAGACUGCAGCCGUAUGCCAUUCCUAAAACAGACGUCUGUGCAGGGUGCUGCUUCAACUCAUCCAGCAACGAGCAUCAAUGCAAGCGAACCAUGACUUGGAAAUGGAAAGGGGAAUUUCUUACCGCUAGUCGUCACGAAUAUCAACGCAUCAAGGCUCAGUUAGAGAAUGAGUCGUUUGCAGCCGCAGUGAUUCAGCAAGCGAAUCUCUCCGCUGUGCAAAAGAAAAACUACGGUAACCGUAAAGGAAAUGUCUUGGAGGGAACAUCAUUUGAGCGAAAGCAGCGUCCUUUUUAUAGACGCCAAGGCGAUGGCUUUGGCGGCGGCAACGGUGGUGGAUACAGACAAGACAGCAAAAACCAGCGGCGAGAGGCACAGCGGGCGCUACUCUCCAAAGAAUUUGAGAGAAAAAAAGGAAAUGAAAGUGGCGACGAGGACGAGGACGACGAGAAUGAGACGGCAGGAGGAUUGAAAUCCUUUCAUAAACUGCAGGAUACCACCCAGUUUAGUCUUCUGAAGAAGCGUCUUGCUGAAUAUAGCCGGAAAGCCUACGGCAAAAUGCAUGAGUCGCGUGAAAUUUUGCGCACCGACGUUGUAUGCCAGCGAGAGAACUCCUUCUACGUGGAUACGGUCCGUUUGUUUCGCGACCGCCGCUACGAGUAUAAAGCCGCUCUCAAAACCUGGAAGAAACGACUGGACUCGGCCAAGGACAAAGACGAGGUGAAACUGUGCAAAAGUCGUUGUGUCCAGAUGGAGUCUCUUCAGUUGGCGCAUAAGUGCAUCUUGAACUCCUUUUACGGCUACGUCAUGCGCAAGGGCAGUCGUUGGUACAGCAUGGAAAUGGCUGGUAUAGUAACAUAUCUUGGGGCCACACUCAUUCAAAUGGCUCGGGCCCUCGUGGAACAAAUUGGCGUGACGCUUGAACUUGACACGGAUGGUAUAUGGUGUUGCCUUCCCAAGGAGUUUCCCGAGAACUUUACCUUCACCACGUCCAAUCCCGUCAAGUCAAAGGUGACCGUCUCCUAUCCAUGCGUUGUUCUGAACAAAAUGGUGCAUGACGACUACACGAACCACCAAUACCAAACAUGCAUCGCCACUGGCGUGUAUGAGCGUCGCAGCGAGUGUUCCAUUUACUUUGAAGUGGAUGGACCCUACCUGGCCAUGUUGUUACCGGCAAGUCGGGAAGAGGGCAAAAGCAUUAAAAAGCGCUACGCCGUAUUUAAUCCAGAUGGUGGACUUGCAGAAUUGAAAGGGUUUGAACUGAAACGGCGUGGAGAGCUUAUGCUUAUUAAGGACUUUCAGUCCCAGGUGUUUCGUCGCUUUCUUGACGGCGUCACUCUUGUAGACUCGUAUGCCUCCGCCGCCGUGGUCGCCAACGCGGCACUCGACAUGCUGUACUCCAAGGGGGAGGGCUAUGAAGUGGAGGAAAUUCUUGAAAAGUUGUCGGAGAGCAGCAACAUGACACGUCGUCUCGCCGAGUACCCGGACUCGCAGAAGUCGUUGGCAUUAACCACUGCGCGCCGGAUAGCAGAGUUUUUGGGUCCACAAAUGGUGAAGGAUAAAGGACUUGCGUGUCAAUUUGUUAUUUCGCGUCUCCCAGCCGGUCGUCCAGUGACGGAGCGUCCGAUUCCUCUCACUAUUUUUCGUGCAGACCCGACACUACGCCUGCACUUUCUGCGUAAGUGGACGGGGGACAACUCACUCUCGCCGGACGUCGACCUCCGUCAGCUGCUGGACUGGGAUUACUACAUUGCCAGGUUUAACGCCUGCGUGCAGAAGAUUAUCACAAUUCCCGCAGCACUGCAGCAGGUACCUAACCCAGUCCCGCGGGUAGCCCAUCCAGAUUGGCUGCAUAGGCGACUUGAGCAACAAAAUUCCAGAUUUCGGCAGCUUAGUCUAACCGGGAUGCUCGCAAAGCUGAAGGCAAAUCAGACCACCAUUCCAGAUCUGGAGGAAGUGGUUCCAGGAGAAAAGGCGGCGGCACCCUCUACGACAACGUCGGAAGCGAAGAAGAGAGAGGCAAACAACGAGGUCGCUGACAGUGACUCUGGUGAAGAUGUAGAAAGCGUCUCCGAUGACGAAGGCGAUCGUAUGAGACAAGAGGAAGAAGCACGCGAGGAGGAGGCGGUGAACGCCCUCAGUGCAAAGUAUUUUGCCCCAAAGAGUACUGUCGCGCUGGAUGCGGCAUUUUUCACGGCUCCUGGUGUUACGACGUGGCUGCAGCGUCAGAAGGAGUCCUGGACGCACCGUGCGAAGCUUCGUCGCGAGAUGGUGGCCGAUGCAACUGAUGUCCUUCCUGGUGAUGGGACAGCCGUCAACAACCACUUUAUUGACGUCAAGUCCAAGGCACUCUCAGCGACAUGGCACAUCAUGGAGGUGCGACCAGACAAGGAGGAACUGGGAACUGUGACUGUCAUUGCCGCACUUGAAAAGACGUUGUACACCUUUCGCUGCUUCGUCCCACGUCGUGUUAUUGUGGACGCCGAUGCACAGUUUCAGUUUCCUGCUGCAAAGGGGUUGAACAAUGCUCGGGUGCUUCCGCGAGGUCGUCUGGCGACAAAUUUGCAACAGAUUGAGCUUUCACCUGGAGUUGAGGGGGAGCGGAUGCUUAAUGAGCUGCAAACUUCGCGGGAGGACGUUCGAGCUGUCUAUGAAAGCCACAUUACUCGGACGGAGACGUUUGUUGCGCAAAUUGGCUGCUGUGCAAACGUCAUAGCGGACCUUCAUUUACACCGUGCCCGGCUCCACCUCUCCAUGCGAGACGUGUUUGCAAUGGAAGAGUUGGACAGUACGGUGAGCGGCAAUUACCUACAGAAUUCAAUGGACCGAUAUGUGUUUGUCUUUCACGUGGCCUCUGACACCCGCGGUUUGCUCGGCGUGGUCAAUCACCACGCAAAAACUGCUGUGGUGGUCGUUGUUCAACCUGCAUCUGCCCCUAUUCCAACAAUAAAUUGGAGUUCUCUCGUUCUGGAGGCGGCAAAAGCAAUGAAUAUGGCAAUGAUCCCGCUUGAAGUCAUGACGGAAGUUGCCUCAGAUAUUCGAAGCGCAUGGAAGCUUAUCCAUAGGGUCUUGAUGGAGGUGAUGGAAAGUGGAAGGCCCCCGCUGUUUGCCGUUCUUGAGAGUAGUUUGUCCACUCCGCAGCUUCUAACGCAACGCUCUCUUCCUCAGACACUACCGUAUUUGCGCGUACUUGGUUCCGUGGAAGACGAACGGCUGUUGGCAGAUCCUUUUCGUUGGACGCGCUUGCUGGCGAGGCGACUUGUGCAGCGGUACUAUGCUUCCCUCCUUUGGGUAGAGGAGUGUAUUGCGUUUAGCCGACUUGCUGGGAUUCCCCUUUGCAACCUUGCGCAGGACACUUGUAUGCAUGUGUGGGAUGUGAUGUUUACUCGCUCCCUGCAUGCACGGUCUCAUGUGUUGUGGAACUCGCAUGAUAUCUCGAUCGCCUACGAAGCUGUAGAUGAGCCGCCUCGCCAGGUUGUCAUGCCAGGUGGGUACCUUUCAUGGUGUGUGGAGUUUAGUUUGGCCAGACUGGAUGUGGUUGCGGUGCUAUUCUCGCAGAUGAUCCAAGAAGGGGAUGACCCUAAUGUGCACAUCCUCUGUGAUCGCGGUGUCACCACACACUUCAAUAUCCUGCGGGAUCUUGUGUCCGAUCUCCUUGGUCAAGUGGGGACGAACCCUGUGGCGGAUGCCCUUCUUGCAAGCUUUGCACGCUGGAUUCGUGACCCCGUCUCUUGCUGCUAUGAACCUCGGUUACUAGAACUUGUAAGCAAACUUGCCCAUCGCGCCCUCACCAUCGUUCUCAUUCGUCUGGCGAAACUUGGUGGACGUACCGUCAAGGUGGAUGGGGACUCAAUCGUUGUGCUUACCCCUAAGCACACCGUUCAGGAUGCAGUCAGUUUUGCGCGUUACAUGGUGGAUUCCCUGCGGGACCAACCCAUGCUACUCCUGCUGUCGCUUCAACCCAUUCGUUACUGGUGUCCAUUUAUGGUUUCUGACAAGCGGGAUUUUGCAUGCUUGUACGUCUCUAGCGACGAUGUUAUCAGUUUGAAGGAGACGGAGCAAGUGUCGCUUGAAACGAUGAAAUUUGAGCAGGCGUUUACCAUCUGGGGCAAGCUGCCCAAGAAGGUAAAGGGUAUCUUUCUUGGCCGCGUGGAAAGCACACUGCGGCUUGUUUCAGAAGUCCGUGAAAAGGUGCUUCAGGAGAUUCAGGCAGAUCCCACUGUUGUUCUUGCCAACAAAAGCGAGCAAAUUUUGCUACGGGAAGUAAAGGCCUUUAAAGCGGCAGUUGAGGGCAAGUUGCACGGCGAGCUGAUCGACGAGGUUCAUGGACUCAUGGAACGCAAAGACUUGUGCGAGGAAGAUGAGAUGCCAAGCGGUACUGCACCUCCCUCAGGCAUUGCCGUCGCGUUGGAGUACACCAAAACCAUUUGCCGUCUGCUUGAUUUGUUUCACAAUGACGGGGUUGUGGGGAAGAUGCGCAACAACUGUUUGCGUCUCUGUGGGGUAAGUCCUUUUUCUCCGUUGGCACAGCUGGUCCCCGACGUAGACGCGGAAUGUCGGUUGCUAAUGGUGAGGUGCAGUUUUUGCAACCUUGACGUGUUUCUUGACCUGGGCCUGCAGAAGAAGCGCUUGCGCUGCGACAGGUGUCAUGCGCCAAUUUCAGUAGCCGCCCUGGAAUCCCACCUCGUGCGACGUGUGAACGGCCUCGUGAUGAACUACGUGCAACAAGACUUCAAGUGCAGUAAGUGCAACGAGGUUGCCUCCAGCUACAUGAGUCAAAGUUGCUGUGGCCCUCUCGUGGGGAAAGGCAAGCCAAUCGCGGCACAGCUUCGGGCAAUGCGGAAGAUUGCUCUUAUUCAAGAAUUCUCAUGGUUAAAGGAGAGCGUCGAUUUGGCGCUUCGUUUUACUUAG